AUGCGCAUUGAACGGAGAGAUGUCGUUGAAUACGAAGUUCGCAAAUUUCGCCUUGGCCUGGACGGCGACGAGACCGAAUACCAAGGCAAACCAUCUCCAGAGCUAGACCGACGUUGGAAUGGUCUGUACGAGAUGGGCAUCAACCUGAUCACAAAGGACAUGGCCGCACGACUGCCCAACAAGACAAUCCUAUUUCCUCAUGACAAACAGAGACGAUAUCUCGUCGAGCUAGACGUGUUUCACCAGCUACACUGCCUUAACAUGGUCCGUAAAGCGCUGCAUCCCGAAUACUACGAACCACACACACCCGGCCUUCAUACUGGUGAUGAGGACGAGCUACUCGGGCCACAUCAUAUCGAGCACUGCAUUGAUGCCAUCCGGCAGUCUCUUAUGUGUAGCGCCGACAUCAGUUCGUUGACGUGGAGCUGGGACGAGGACCGGCACCGACACAUGGAACGGGGCACCGUCCUACACACUUAUCCACAGAGAUGCUGCAGCGCGCGGCGUGAACAAUACAGCCCGCCUCGACAAGAUGAAGCAGUCCUAGACCGCGUGCUGGCGUACCGCAUCGCGGAGCAGGGAACGCGGACCAUUCCAAAUCUCAGCGAGUAA